GUGGAGUAAGCGGAGGCAUCGAGGCGACGCGUAAGCGGAGUUGGAGAGAUUCACGUUUCACGCCGCUCCGGAACCAUUUUCCGCGAUCUGCCGGGGCUCGAAGCUCGAAGCCGGACUGAGGCGCGUGCAAGCGAACAAAUUGGCCGCGAGUUUCCGCGCGAAAAGGAAAAAAAAGGGAACUUUUCGUAUAUUUACAUCGCGAACACUCGCCGGCGUCUCGAAAAUGAGCGUGAUGCACGUCGCGGAGAAAAAGGGCAGCGCGCUGAAGGGCUCCAACGCGCUGAUCGCGACCAUGGAGAACGAGGACGGCGACUGGCAGACCGGGCAGAACCUCUUGCUGGUCGCCCAGGACGCCCAGGGCAAAGAGAUCAUCAACCUGACCGACAAUCAGACCAUCAACGUGGCUGUGGAUACCUAUUGGUUGCUAGAACUUGCUCACAGGGAAUAUCAGGCGGGUGAUUACGAGAACGCCGAAAGACAUUGCAUGCAGUUGUGGCGACAGGAGACAAACAAUACCGGCGUUCUUCUCUUACUUUCCUCCAUACAUUUCCAAUGUAGGAGAUUAGAGAAAUCUGCACACUAUAGCAGCUUAGCGAUAAAGCAAAACCCAUUGCUGGCGGAGGCGUAUAGCAAUUUGGGAAAUGUAUAUAAAGAGCGCGGGCAGCUACCGGAAGCGCUGGAGAAUUAUCGUCAUGCUGUCAGACUGAAACCCGACUUCAUCGAUGGUUACAUCAACUUGGCCGCGGCACUCGUGGCGGCUGGUGACAUGGAACAAGCCGUUCAAGCAUAUGUCACGGCGCUACAAUACAAUCCCGACCUUUAUUGCGUGCGGAGUGAUCUUGGUAAUCUUUUGAAAGCAUUAGCAAGACUUGAUGAAGCCAAGGCCUGCUACUUGAAGGCAAUCGAGACGCGACCUGACUUUGCGGUUGCCUGGAGCAAUCUCGGCUGCGUGUUCAACGCGCAAGGAGAAAUAUGGUUGGCGAUACACCAUUUCGAAAAGGCUGUUGCCCUGGAUCCUAACUUUUUAGAUGCGUACAUCAAUCUUGGGAAUGUGUUGAAGGAAGCUAGGAUUUUUGACAGAGCUGUAGCUGCAUAUCUCCGCGCGUUGAACCUCAGCCCUAACAAUGCAGUUGUACAUGGAAAUUUGGCCUGCGUUUAUUAUGAACAAGGGCUCAUCGAUCUGGCCAUUGAUACGUAUCGUCGUGCUAUUGAAUUGCAACCCAAUUUUCCUGAUGCGUACUGCAAUCUGGCGAACGCUCUCAAAGAAAAGGGACAAGUGGUCGAAGCGGAAGAAUGUUACAAUACCGCCCUCCGGCUUUGUCCCACACACGCGGACUCUCUUAAUAACUUGGCCAACAUAAAACGCGAGCAAGGCUACAUCGAGGAGGCAACUCGCUUGUAUCUUAAAGCCCUGGAAGUAUUUCCUGAGUUUGCGGCCGCCCACAGCAAUCUCGCCUCUGUCUUGCAGCAGCAAGGCAAACUGAACGAGGCACUGAUGCAUUAUAAGGAAGCAAUUCGCAUACAACCGACCUUUGCAGAUGCUUACUCGAACAUGGGAAACACGCUGAAAGAGAUGCAGGAUAUACAAGGCGCUUUACAGUGCUACACUCGGGCCAUCCAAAUCAAUCCGGCCUUCGCUGACGCUCAUUCCAAUUUGGCAUCGAUCCACAAGGAUUCCGGCAACAUUCCCGAAGCGAUUCAAUCUUACAGAACAGCGCUGAAAUUGAAGCCUGACUUUCCGGACGCUUAUUGCAACUUGGCGCACUGUUUGCAAAUUGUCUGCGACUGGACCGAUUACGAAGCCAGGAUGAAGAAGUUGGUGUCUAUUGUUGCUGAGCAAUUAGACAAGAACAGGCUGCCCAGUGUGCAUCCACAUCAUUCCAUGCUUUAUCCUUUGUCUCACGAGUUUCGGAAAGCUAUCGCUGCUCGGCAUGCUAAUCUUUGCAUAGAGAAAAUUCAUGUUCUUCACAAACAGCCAUACAAAUACCCGCGUGCGAUGAGCAUCCGAUUGAAGAUUGGAUAUGUCUCGUCGGACUUCGGCAAUCAUCCGACUAGCCACUUGAUGCAAUCAAUACCUGGCUUACACGAUCGUGAGAAAGUCGAGAUCUUCUGCUAUGCGCUUAGCGCGGAUGAUGGCACGACUUUUCGUGCGAAGAUAGCACGAGAGUCCGAACACUUCAUCGAUCUCUCUCAGAUUCCGUGCAACGGCAAGGCCGCCGACCGCAUCAAUGCUGAUGGCAUUCACAUUCUGGUGAACAUGAACGGUUAUACGAAAGGCGCCAGAAACGAGAUCUUUGCUUUGCGACCAGCGCCGGUACAGGUCAUGUGGCUAGGUUAUCCUGGUACCUCCGGCGCAAGUUUCAUGGACUAUCUCAUCACGGACGAGGUCACCUCGCCGUUGGAGCUCGCCAGUCAAUACAGCGAGAAACUCGCCUACAUGCCGCACACUUAUUUCAUCGGCGAUCACAAGCAAAUGUUUCCUCAUCUGAAGGAACGUUUAAUCUUAACGGACAAGUUGAGUCAUAAGGGCAAAGUAGCUGACAACGUGGCAGUAAUCAAUGCCACGGAUCUCUCUCCGAUGAUUGAGAAUACUUUGAUAAAAGAGAUUCGCGAGGUAAUUGUGCCAGACGCUAAAAAGCAACCUGUCGAGAUCUCGCUCAAAGUUGCCGAGUUACCGACUACCACCCCGAUCGAAACGAUGAUCGCUUCCGGUCAGUGUCAGAUGUCCGUGAACGGCGUCGUGGUGCAAAAUGGUAUGGCCACGACACAGGUGAACAACAAAACUGCCACGGGCGAGGAGGUGCCUCAGAACAUUGUGAUCACAACCAGGCAGCAAUACGGCUUGCCGGAAGAUGCUGUCGUUUAUUGCAACUUUAAUCAGUUAUACAAGAUUGAUCCACUUACUCUUCACAUGUGGGCACACAUAUUGAAACACGUGCCAAAUUCCGUGCUGUGGCUGCUACGCUUUCCGGCGGUCGGCGAACCCAAUCUCCAAGCAACGGCGCAACAAUUGGGUCUAACGCCCGGCAGAAUUCUAUUCAGCAAUGUCGCUGCUAAGGAGGAACACGUGAGACGAGGCCAGUUGGCCGACGUAUGUCUAGAUACGCCACUCUGCAAUGGACACACAACUAGUAUGGAUGUUUUGUGGACCGGAACGCCGGUGGUUACACUACCGGGAGAAACUCUAGCCUCCCGUGUCGCAGCUAGUCAAUUAAACACUCUUGGCUGUCCCGAAUUGGUAGCGCGAACGCGGCAGGAAUAUCAAGAUAUCGCUGUUCGACUGGGUACCGAUAGAGAAUACUUAAAAGCAACAAGAGUUAAGGUUUGGAAGGCUCGAUCAGAAAGCCCACUGUUUAAUUGCAAGCUGUACGCCAUGGGCAUGGAGAUGUUGUACACAAAAAUGUGGGAGCGUUACGCGCAUGGAGAAAAUCCUGAUCACGUUUCAGCUGUCGAUAAGAACGACAGUCAAAAGUCAUUGAGCAUAUCUUCUUAAAACACUCGACAACUUGUGUCACAAUUAUUUACUCAGCUUCAAGUUUGCGAUUAACGGUUUCUCUUCCCUGGAAAUUUUAGCAUUUGCAUGGUUAAUAUAUCUAUUUCCAAUGCGGUCUCAUAAAUUUUUUGUCUCUACUGACUGUUUUGUAUAAUGAAUUCACGGAGCUUAGAUUAGACGAUAAAAAUAUUUACAUUUACACAAGAUUUCGUAUGAUACUCAUGUUCUAUCCUUUUUUAAUGAUUUUCUUAAUGAUAUUUGCGCGUUCGAUUAACAAUCAAUUCAAUCGGAUUUUAAAUUGACGAAAUUAUGGAAAGCCGAUUUGAUUCACACCUGUACAAAAUUUAAAGAAGUAUUGAAAACAGUAGGAAUAGGAAGUAUUGGUAAAUAUUCUCUUACCUCUGUAGAGAAACAGUGUUUCUAAUAUCUCAUUUUUUAUUUAUGCUUUUCUGCAAAAUAAUAUCUGAAUAAAAUUAUUGGCAGUGGAUUUAUCGAAUUAUCAAGGAUCGUUGAGAAAAAAAUCCUAAAUUUUGAUGCUCUAAGCUCCAAGAAUUUUAGGGAAUUGUAAAAAAGUUGGAUGUCUUGAAAAUUAGACAUCAAGAACUUUGAAAGAAGUUAAUAUGCGAGUUUUUUUUCUAAUUUACAAUUUUAUCGCAAGUUGCAUUACUACAAACUGCAAUCGAGAAUCCACUGUUGCACAUUUUGCUUAUGUUAUUGCAAUUAACGCGUGAAUUUGACGGUGAACGUGCUCUAUCGAAAUAUCCUCGCUUUCUGUAGGCGAUCCUUUAACGCGGAGAUACUCUGCGCAUGUGAUUUGCUGAAGAACGCAGGGAUACUUAACAAAGAUUAGAGUUAAUAGAGUUUUUCCCACAUACUUUAUCGUUCUCUUUUCGCUAUCGCAAAAGUUAUAAAGGCUGCAGGCUUUGAUCUUCGAGAUUUACGACUGUAAAAUUUGAAAGUUUGGAGAGACCCUGAGAGACAAAAAGCCAAAAGGAAAAGAGCCAAGGCGUAAAAUCGUGUCAUUUCAAUUUCCAGUAAAUCAGGAAUAAAAAACGCCAAGGAUCCAAUAAUUCAAACAAAGACUUAAAAAUGUCUCCAAAUUGAAAUAUUUUUUUAAUCAAGAUUUCAUGGACAUAAAAAUAAUAAAUUGCUGAAGAUCUUGGAGAUAAAAGAAUCGGAAGAAUUUAGAGAGAGAGAAAGAGAAUGUCAAAAAAAUGGAUCUAAAAAUUACAGAUCUCUAGGAGUUUUUUGGUAGUUGAAUGCAGAGGCUGAAUAUCGAAAUAGUUUGACAGGUAAUCGGUAUCACAUAUACUUCUAUUUUCAUAAAAUGGUAAUGUUAAAAGCUUUUAAAUAUAUUCGGUAUUUGAUGUCUAAUGUCAGUAAUAAUCAAGUUUUUAUAAGAAUAAAAGUGUAUACGAUACAAUCGUUAACGAGUCAUUUCGGUAUUCAUUCUUUGAAAAUCGGGAUCCUCCAAGCGUCCGAAGAACGAGGCGUUUACUUAUCGGCCACGGACAGCGUAUAACACAACUGUAUUAUAUCAAACGACUAAUGAUAAUGUUCAUGUAAAUAUUAAGGAUAAUUGUUAAUUAUUUACGUUAGUCCAAUAGCGGAUGUUGUGCGAUUUGUGGUACUGACGAAAUGUGUAGAGAGAUAAGAAAAAAAAAAUAUCGGACUGUAGCGAACUGAUGUAUGUGUAGAGAAUAAAAAAAAAAAAAAAAAAA